CUUCUCCUGACGGUCCGUCGGUUCGAGGGCAUUAACGGCAGCCAGAGGUGUUCAUCUCAUCACAUGUUCAUCUCUGAGCAUCAGCAGCACCGCUAUAUAACGUGGAGAUCCAGCAGGCAGCCAGUCACUGUAGAGCUCUCAGGACCCGGACACACCUGGCUGGAGGGGCAUGACACUCCCAUAACAAAGACACACUGACUGACUGCACGAGAACAAGCGCACGACAAUGACUAAGUCCUACACCGAAGACAGCAUAAUGCCGGAGUCUCAGAGCGCGUCCACCUGGCCGGACGAGUGCCUCAGCUCGCACGACGAGCACGAGCUGGAGAAGAAGAGCGAGGAGCGCGAGGAGUGCGACGCCAUGGCCAAGGACGCCGAUCCCGAGGACGUGGACGGGCUCAACAGGCUCGAGGAGGACGAGGACGACGACGACGACGAGGAGGAAGACGGCGACGACCAGAAGCCCAAGAGACGCGGACCCAAGAAGAAGAAGAUGACCAAGGCGCGCCUGCAGAGGUUUAAGAUCCGGCGCAUGAAGGCGAACGCGCGCGAGCGGAACCGCAUGCACGGGCUGAACGACGCGCUCGAGAGUCUGCGCAAGGUCGUGCCCUGCUACUCGAAGACGCAGAAGCUCUCCAAGAUCGAGACCCUGCGGCUGGCCAAGAACUACAUCUGGGCUCUGUCGGAGAUCCUGCGCUCGGGAAAGAGUCCCGAUCUCAUGUCCUUCGUGCAGGCCCUGUGCAAGGGACUGUCGCAGCCCACCACCAACCUGGUGGCCGGGUGUCUCCAGCUGAACCCGCGGACGUUCCUUCCGGAACAGAGCCAGGAGAUACCGGCGCAUAUGCAAACGGCCAGUGCUUCCUUCGCGGCCCACCCCUACUCUUACCAAACCCCUGGUCUUCCGAGCCCGCCCUACGGUACAAUGGACAGCUCCCACAUCUUCCACGUGAAGCCGCACUCGUACGGGAGCGCGCUGGAGCCCUUCUUCGAAUCCGUGCUCACGGACUGCACGAGCCCCUCGUUCGACGGGCCCCUGAGCCCCCCGCUCAGCGUGAACGGGAACUUCUCCUUCAAGCACGAGCCCUCAUCCGGGGACUUCGAGAAGAGCUACGCGUUCACCAUGCACUACCCGGCGGCGGCGGGCCUCGCGGGCCCGCAGGCGCACGCGCCGCUGUACGCGGGCUCGGCGCAGCGCUGCGACAUACCCAUGGAGACCAUGCUGUCGUACGACGGACACUCGCACCACGAGAGGGUCAUGAACGCGCAGCUCAACGCCAUAUUCCACGACUGAGCCGCGUCCCGCGAGCGUCCACGCGUCGGGGCCUCGCUGACGACGCACAAGUGCAAAUACCACUCGCGUAAACCUAUGUAUGUAUUUAUUGAUGUUACUGCCUUUAGGUGGAAUUCUGGGACUCCCACGAUCCCGUUUCGCCUUAUCAUGUAUUAUAUAUGCUCUAUAGCGCGUCUAUAUGAUAUGGAGGUCACAAGAGUGGCGGGCAAAGAAGGGUGUGACCAGAUUUAGAAUGUUCUCAUUAUGUAACGAUCCACGUGACAAAAAAAAUCACGAGCAAUAAUUUGGAAACUAUGCAAUUUUUGAGCAGACAAUGGGCCAAUCGCGAAAAUUAAAUGAAGAUAUAUAUUUUUUUCAAACAGCAUUUUACUACUAGUCUAAUCCCAUGCUGAAUUAUUUUGUUGUGAUUUUUGUACAGAAUUCUUGAUUAACUUUUAUAAGGUCGAUUUCCUAUUUUAUCCCAUGCAGCUCCAUCGAUGUUUUAUAAAAAAAAAAUUAUAGACCUGGGUCUUGUUUAUACAAAACAGUAAUAAUUACGAUGUUAUGGUUUAAAAAAAAAAAUCAGCGGGGAGAAAGUGCGCGGAUGUAUGUUAAGUUGCCUUGGUACUUCUUUACUGUAAAGUCACGCAGCGUUGCACAUUUCUGAUCCAUGUGAUUUUCCUUUUCAUUCAUUUUUUUUUUCUUCUUCUUCAGAAGGAAAACUCUGAAUAAUUAAAUGGGCGGACAACGACACGCUUCCAGAAAGUGAUAAAAGUGCGUCACACGUGCUGUGUCAUUGCUCGCUCACUGUCAGUCGAAAUUUCCCCUUUUACACUGUCAGGACAAGUACCCCCCUCCCCCCACCUUUAAAUUCAUAACUCUGAUCUGAGGACUUUAAACUGCGGAAUAAAAAGGAAAUAUAGCUCAAUAGAUAAUAUUAUUGCAUGUACAACUGCGGUUCAGACCGAGAGCCGGUUCAUCGUCACUAAGUUUGUACCGUUAUUUUCUUUUGUUAACUUGUAUAAUAUGACGUAAUGCCACAUCGCACUGGGGCUUAGAACACAUUUCCAGUCGAUUUAAAAUGCAGAUAGGACUGAACAUCUGGUCAAAAAAGUUGCAUUCCUCCUUCGAUGUGAUUUCUUAGUGUACUAUGUAAUUCCUAUGGGAUUAUUGUUUUUAUUACUCUCAUAGCUAAUGAAAAGGCUCAAUUUUAUUAUUUGUAGAAUCAAGUCAGUAAUUGAAGUUUUUCCAGGUAGGUGUGAUUUUCUUAAGGACAUGUUUUAAAUAUAACAUUACGUGGGGAAAAUGUAGGCUGAAGAAGAGGUUGGAACCUUAACGCGUACAUUGGACAGCUGCGUCUCAUGGGUCCGUCUCCACGAGCGUCGCAAGAACAUUAAGUUAUUUCUGCAAUGAAAACGGAUAUUAUUGCUAUAUUUGUUUGCUCUAUGUACGCGGCGGUAAACGUAUUUCAUAUGUUACUAAUAAACUUGUAAAAAGGAA